UUCUGUUUGGGAUUUAAGGGAACAUUACAAUCCCACUGUUUUACAUAUGAAAAGAUGGAGCUAAUUCAAAUUCUGAACAUGGUCUUGAGCAAUCGGCCCAUUGCAGAGCACACAUGGAUUUUCUGACUUGUUUCGCAACCAUUCACGACUUCAUGUUUUGUUUCCUAAUUCCUGAAAAAUAAGUGUGAUACUGUUAAAGGGAGCACCAUCGAGAAAGGUUUGGUCCCACAUAGCCUGUAGCCACAGUACAAGGACGACUAGGACUAACAGUAUGGACUCUCCUGAUGAAGAGAAAGGAUACGAUCAACUUGAGAAAAGUGUUCAGGAGUCUAUGGCACACGAGCAGACACAUCAUGCCUCUAUAGGAAAUAAAACCAUAGAAGAGGAGUUUGCUGGUACACCUCUCGCUCCGGCUCAUUCACUUUGGACCACUGAUGCUAAAGGCUCAGUAAGACUGAGAAUAGAAGAGGGAUGUCCAGAGGAACCUAUCACAAUUCACCAGAUGUUCAAAGAAUCAGUUGAAAAAUAUGGAAAUAUGUACGCGCUCGCCAGAAAGCGGAACAACAAAUGGGAAAAGAUAACCUUCCUAGAGUACUAUCAGUUCUGCCGCAGAGCAGCCAAGAGCUUUAUGAAGCUCGGUUUAGAGCGAUUCCAUGGAGUGGCAAUCCUAGGAUUCAAUUCAGCAGAAUGGUUCUUCUCUGCAGUCGGUGCCAUCAUGGCAGGGGGGAUAAUGACAGGCAUUUAUGCCACAAACUCACCAGAAGCUUGCCAGUAUGUGGUAACUGACUCCAAAGCGAACGUUAUAGUGGUGGAAAACCAAAAGCAAUUGGAUAAAGUCCUACAGAUACGUGACAGACUGCCUCAUUUGAAAGCCAUAGUGCAGUACAGUGGACACCCCCAGCAGAAGAUCUCCAAUCUUUACUCUUGGGAGGAGUUCAUGGAGCUCAGUCUGGAUGAUUCUGAGGAAGAGCUGGAUGACAUCAUCAGUAGCCAGAGAGCCAACCAAUGCUGCGUCCUAAUCUACACCUCUGGCACCACAGGCCAGCCGAAGGGAGUCAUGCUCAGUCAUGACAAUAUCACAUGGACUGCCAAUCAUGCCAGCAGGGUUGGGGACAUGCAGCCAGCUGACACUAAACAGGAGUCACUAGUGAGCUACCUGCCUCUCAGCCACAUCGCCGCUCAGAUCUUUGAUCUCUGGACAAGCAUCCAGUGGGGUGAGCUGGUAUACUUUGCACAGCCAGAUGCCUUAAAGGGCAGCCUGGUGACAACACUCCGAGAAGUUUGUCCCACAUCUCACAUGGGUGUCCCGCGGGUAUGGGAGAAGAUGAUGGAGAAGAUAAAACAGGGAAUUAGUGAGUGUGGAUAUUUGAAAAAGAAACUGGUGACAUGGGCGAUGUCAGUCAGUCUGGGAGCCAAUCAAAAGCUUACGCAUAAGGAUGAUGAAAAACCAUUUCUCUUUUCCUUGGCUGACAACCUCGUGUUGCAGAAGCUUCGGGCCGAGCUCGGCCUGUCUUGCUGUCAGAAGUUCUUCUCUGGAGCAGCACCAAUCAGCAGUGAAACAGUGCAGUUUUUCUUGGGCCUAAAUAUCUGUUUGUAUGAGGCAUAUGGCAUGAGUGAGAGCACAGGACCUCACUUCAUGUCAGGUCCCAACGCUUACAAACUACCAAGCUGUGGUAAGGUGGUGCCUGGCUGUCGAUACAAAAUGGUCAACACAGACUCUAAGGGGACAGGUGAAAUUUGCUUUUGGGGACGCAACAUUUUCAUGGGUUUCCUCAAUAUGGAAGACAAAACAAGAGAAGCGUUGGAUGAAAAUGGGUGGCUGCAUUCUGGAGACCUGGGGGAGAUAGACGAAGAGGGUUUCUUGUACAUCACAGGGAGAAUAAAAGAGUUGAUCAUCACAGCAGGAGGAGAGAAUAUUCCUCCUGCGCCCAUAGAGGAAGCAGUGAAGAAGGAGCUACCAAUAAUCAGCAAUGCCAUGCUCAUAGGGGACAAGAGGAAAUUUUUGUCAAUGCUUUUGACCCUGAAGUGUUGUAGCGAUACAGAAACCAUGGCGCCAACAGAGGAGCUGAGUAUGGAGGCUGUGGAGUUUUGUGAACAGCUCGGCAGCCAAGCAACCAAAGUGUCUGACAUCAUCGGAGGAAAAGACAAAGAAGUGUACCGGGCGAUUCAAGAAGGAAUCGACAGAGUCAACUCUGCAGCCACCUCUAAUGCCCAACGCAUACAAAAGUGGACGAUCCUCAAAAAGGACUUUUCUGUUUCUGGAGGAGAGCUGGGUCCCACAAUGAAGCUUCGUCGCCCUGUUGUGUUGGAGAUGUAUCACAAGGUCAUAGAUAACUUCUAUCAAGAAUAGUAUCGUGUUUCCACAGAAAUGGCUGUGUAACUGCUAUGAAUAUGACGUGGACCUUGCAUAUCUUAUCAUUCUUGAGGACAUGCAUGAAAUUUAAUUAUAUCUGUGUCUUGUGUAUAGAACAUUAUAGCCAUAAUUAAGAACCAUAUUUAAUUUAUUUUAUUUUUAAAGGAACCCAAGAUUAGGUUUAGAUAGUGAAUAAUACUUGCUUUGGCAAAAAUAAUAAUUUUAAAGAUUCACACCAUUUUGAUGCAUCUUAUCUAUUUUUACUGCUUUAAAAUCAUAUCAGCUACUUGCAUGAUGGGAUCUUACAGCACAUUUUGUGUAAGUACUAGAUGGUAUUCAGUGUUUGGUUUAUACCAAUAAAAAGUCAGAUAUGGACAUAACUUUCACCAGAAGUCACAGGUGCCUCGAUCAUAUUAGCUGACUAGAGUUGUGACACCCAUUUGUAUAACACUGAAUAAAAGGGUCUGGCAUUUCA